AUGGACAGCAAGGUGGUCUCUGUCUUCCGCGAGCGCAUGUUGCUGGACGUCGUGGACGAAGCAUGGAUGCAAGACUGCCUCUCGGACGACGAGAUCGAGAUCCCGCUGGGCAUGGACCUGAACGCGGAAGAGAGCGGCGGUCCGCUCUUGGGCCCAGUGCUCCCCGGCUUCCGCGCCGAGCGCACCGAGCGCUGGAACGACCUCGGCCUCGACUUGUUUGCGCCUUGA